GAGAGGGGGAAGGCUGAAGAAUAAUAGCUGAGAAAUGACUGCACCAAAGAUACCGCAAGGGGAAAAAGAUGACUAUUUCAAAUUCAAAGCCAUUGCUGUAAAUAAAAAAAGCAUGGUGUACCUAUUUACCUUCAAUGAACGCUGUAAUAAAUGAACAGAAUCCCCGAAAAGAGUCCAGCAGGUAGAGAGUGAUGUCAUCUCCAGGCAUGGGCACUCCGAGUGAUCCCCUCCUGGCCAGCCCGGCUGGGAGCAGAGCUGGAUUGAUCCAGGACGCCUCCUGGAGGCCCUCUCUCCCCAAGACCUCCAGCUUCCCAUCAUCCACUACGCGCCACCUCAGCCACCGAGCCAACAACUUCCAGAGGCACCCCAAGAGGCGAAAACUCAUCAGGCCCUCGCCGCCUCCACCCCCCAACACCCCCUGCCCACUGGAUCAGCUGGACCUGACCGAACUCCCACCCCGCCGGACCUUCACAGAACUGCUGUUCAAUGGCUGCAUCCUGUUUGGCAUUGAGUUCAGCUACGCCAUGGAAACAGCCUAUGUCACACCGGUGCUCCUUCAGAUGGGCUUGCCAGAUCAGUUCUACAGUUUGGUGUGGUUCAUCAGUCCAAUCCUUGGCUUCUUACUACAACCGAUAUUGGGAGCGUGGAGUGAUCGCUGCACAUCGCGUUUUGGUCGGAGAAGGCCAUUUAUCUUGGCCUUAUCGCUGGGUGCGCUAAUGGGCUUAACACUGGUUCUGAAUGGACGGGACAUAGGAGCAGCAGUGGCAGACACAGCUGUCAAUCACAAAUGGGGCAUCGUGUUGACAAUAUGUGGGGUGGUUCUGAUGGACUUCAGCGCUGACUCAGCAGACAACCCAAGCCACGCCUACAUGAUGGAUGUCUGUGGUCCAGAUGAUCAGGACAGAGGGCUCAACAUCCAUGCACUUCUUGCAGGACUAGGUGGUGGCUUUGGUUACAUCGUAGGAGGCAUAAACUGGGACCACACUGAGUUCGGCAGAGCCAUGGGCGGCCAGCUCCGGGUCAUAUACAUGUUCACCAGCGUCACCCUCGUGGCAGCCACGGCGAUGACCCUGACCAGCAUUCCGGAACGGCCACUACCUCAGUCUCAGUCGCGUUCCACAAGGAGUGCGCUGAAGAGCCCAAGCCUGCCCCUGCCCCCCUCCCCACCCGCCCCGCCAGGCACUGGCCUGAACGAGGAGGACGAGGAGGACGGCUUGUACAGCUACCAGGCGUCCAACCCGCAGCGGCGCUACACCGACCCGCUGGGCCACUCGUGCAGCGCCAGUGCGCGGCUCUGCGCCGGCCUCACCAGCCCCAUCUCGCCACUCAGCCCGCUCACGCCCAAGUACGGCAGCUUCAUCAGCCGCGACAACUCCCUGACCGGCAUCAACGAGUUUGCCUCCUCACUGGGCACCUCGUACAUCGACAGCGUGCUCAUUGACUGUUACACGGGCCAGCAGACACCCCAGCUGCUGGAGCCAGAGGCCGUGGGGCCGCAGAUGAACGCGGGGGACACCCCGCCUCCACUGCAGGUGCCCGGGCCUGCCAACGAGGUCCGGACUGGUGCGGGUCAGGAGUUGGGGGAAGGGACGGCCGAGCAGCCGCAGGGAGCCCAUCAGACGGUAGAGGGCUCAAACCCCACGGAGGGGACGCAACCAAACGGUAGCGAGGCGUUGCUAGCAAUUGAGGACGCGCAACCAAAUGGGAGCGAGGGGGGACCCAAGCCUGGUGUGGGGUCGAAGAGGGGGAGUAUCCUGAAGCGGCCUCAGAGUCUGGCUCUCACAGAAGACCCCCUGUUAACCCCCAGCACGAUGGAGCACGGACGCAGGCGCACUGUCACCUUCAGCCAGCAGGUGGCAAAUAUCUUGUUAAAUGGCGUGCGCUAUGACAGCGACCUGAGUGACAGAAUAGAAUCUGCGGAUAACCAGAUGUCUAUGAAGCUGCUCUGCAUCGCCAUCUACAGGAUGCCCCCAUCAUUGCGCAGCCUUUGCACCAACCAUUUUUUGGGCUGGCUGUCCUUUGAGGGCAUGCUGCUCUUUUACACUGACUUCAUGGGGGAGGUCGUGUUUGGGGGGGACCCCAAAGCGCCCCACGACUCGGAGGCCUACCAGCGCUACAACGCUGGGGUCAGCAUGGGCUGCUGGGGCAUGUGCAUCUAUGCAUUCAGUGCUGCCUUCUACUCAGCCAUUCUGGAGAAGCUGGAGGAGCGGUUCUCACUCCGCUCGCUCUACUUCUUCGCCUAUCUGGCCUUUGGCCUGGGCACAGGUCUGGCCACCCUCUCCACCAACCUGUACGUGGUGCUGUCUCUCUGCGUCACCUAUGGCGUGCUCUUCUCCUCUCUCUGCACGCUGCCUUACUCACUGCUCUGUGAGUACUACCAGAGCCCACAGUUCUGUGGUUCCUCAGAGGAUGGGACCAGGCGGGGGAUGGGUGUGGACAUCUCCCUCCUCAGCUGCCAGUACUUCCUGGCACAGCUCCUGGUCUCCGUGGCGAUGGGCCCUCUGACCUCGCUGGUGGGCGGGGCCCAGGGCGUGAUGUACUUUUCCAGCCUGAUGUCGUUCGUGGGCUGCCUGUACUCCUCACUGUGUGUGGUGUACCAUCUGCCUCCACCAGAGGGCAGAGUUGAAGUUGAGACUGGGGUGUGAAUCAGCAGUCAAUAUGGAACCGACCAAAGCCCAAGGAGGAGCUAAAAGGCAAAAGAAAUAUAUAUAUAUAUAUAUAUAAACUCACAACAAAUGAACGAACUGUUGGCUCAAGAAAAAUCAGGAAGCUGCGCAUGAUAACGUCUGAGCAUUGAGUCAGUGCACAUGAAAUGUUAUUGGAGGGAUUUUGAGUGCUAGCAGAGAUUUUUUCUCUCUUAUACGCACUAUGAAGAGGUGUCCUGAAUUUUCACUUCACACGCUGCAAAGCAUAAAACUCUUCUUGCCAUGUCUUGGAGUCAUCAGAUAGCCAGCCUAUGAACAAAUAAGUACAUAAAAAAAUCCAGCAAUGUGCUAAUAGACUUUAUUUAAAACAAGGGAACAAUGUACCACUUUUGGCUUUUGGACCAGUGGAUAACUGACAAGCUUGGUGAUGUUUGUUGAUGCUGCAUUUUUUUCUUGCAAAAUCCAAUUGUUAAAGCCAUCUUCAGCAUUCCUUCUUACGUCAGCAAUGGUACAUUGGAUUGUUAGCACUCCUGGAACCAUUUGCCAUUGAAGCCUAGAUGCGCAACGGAUGUUUUCAAGAGUGCCUGCUGUCUAGCAAGUGUUACAAAUAUUAAGGUCAACCUUUUUUUGACCUAUAGGGCAAGCACACCAUAACAUCAUAUCUCAACAGCCACUGCAUACUAAGACUGUCAUAUGACAAAGGCUUAAUCAGGGUUGAUUUAUAUUGCGAGGUAUUGGUAAAGGAAAAACCUGUAUUAGAUCAAGACUUACGUUUUAAAGAUUAUCAUAAUAAUUGUACUUUUUUUUUUUUUUUUUACUGUUCCACUAGCAGAAUAAUUCAGGUUUGGUGAUGGGAAUGUAUUAUCUGUCUCUUUACAAUAUGAUUUACCAUAAAAGGAGUGUGCAAAAAUCAUGGAUUAACUUUCUUACACUGAAUGUAAUCCAAACAGGAUUGAUUUGAAAUUGCUGUUUUAUUCCACUGCAGAUUGCCACUAGGUGGAGACAAAGAAUCAUUUAAAAUGAGAAAGUUGAUUGGCAGUGUUUAAAAAAAGCCAUGAAAAGGACUAAGCUGUUUUUAAUUAUUUCUACUUGCCCAUAAAGAGGUGCCAUAGCCAAUGACUAUAUUAUAGAAAUUAGUAAUCAUUUCGAGCUCAUUAUCAUUAAGCCAUCAUUCAAAAUCUAUAAAUCACUCUAUACAAAAGCACUUUCUCUUCCUUUGAGUGCUAACAAAAUCGUCCAGUGCAAUCUUUACAUAUGGCUGUUUCAAAUAAUUAAGACAGCAUGCUCUUACCAGAUGCAUUCUGAAACAUUCUACAGCAUGUACAAGUUUAAUCUGCUCCUAAGUAGCAUUUAAGCAUAUUGUUUUAAAAAGAAAUCAACAGGUCAAAUUCUGCUAUAUGAAAUGUAAGUACUGUGUAAUGUGUCAACAUGCAAUAAUAAAACACCCCACACCAAAUUAAAAAGACUGAUUUAUUUAUAAUCCAGAACCAGAAUAUACAAAGCAGUGGUUGAAGCAACCAAAACACAAUCCAUAUAACUGUUUGAAAAUAGACUGACAGCACCAGACCUGACGUGUUCGCUUUAAGACAACUGUAGACUUACUUCUCCUGAACUCUCAGUUAAUAAAUGCAGUAGGAAAGUAACCCGAGACAAAACUGUACACAUUGGAUUUCAAAGGCAGAAUCUUACCAAAACGGAGAACAAAAA